AANAAAAAAAAAAAAAAAAAAAAAAAAAAAAGAAAAAUGUUCAUUGAGAAUCAAAAAGUUUCGAUUGAGAUUCGAUUUGGAGUUUCACCGGACAUUGUUGAGAAUCGAGAGAAAGAGAAAGAGAGUAUUGUGAUUUGUGAGUAAGAAGAAUCCAGCCAUUUGAUUGAUACCACAGGACACGACAGUCUACAAUGGCCAAGGAGUCUCUUCCCGUAGAAGCUAGCCUAUGCAUUGGUUGAUUCAAAUGAUUUGGAAGCUCUGCCUUGUGUCAAGCUAAAAAGCUAGAGGUAGGAGUCACAGACAGUGUUACUGGACUACAAAUUUGCUUUGUUGUGUUCACAACAGCUCUACUUGUUGUCACAUUGUGUCAGGAUUACCCUCUAGUAGCUUUAUAGACGUUAUGGAUAUGAGAAUUGCUGUUGGGAAGUGUUGGUCUUGGGUAAAUCUUCUCUAUGAUCUUGGAAUCGGAUCCUGGUUAGUUUCAAAAGAUGAGUCGAGUCCGAUCCUGGGUAAAUCGAAGCGUGGAUGUUGCUAUAACCUUUCUCAAUCAACGUUCGGAUUAUCCAAGAUCCGAUGAAACCCGGUCACGCACAGUCUCCUACGCCAUUGAUGAUCUCAGGAUUCAGAGCCAGAACCACCGAGAAUCAAAUCAAACGUUAAGCAUAACUUGUUGCUUCUCAAGUUAUGGAAAGCACCUAGAGUUUCAUAGUAGAGGAUCUGGCACGGCUAAGCCAGCGACUAGUUACAGGAAGAAGAAAGCAGAGAAAGACGAGUUACCGGAUGAUAGCGAGCUCUACCGUGAUCCUACAAAUACGCUUUACUACACGAACCAGGGUCUAUUGGACGAUGCAGCUCCUGUUUUGCUUGUUGAUGGUUAUAAUGUGUGUGGAUAUUGGAUGAAGCUGAAGAAACAUUUCAUGAAAGGAAGGCUUGACGUUGCUCGGCAGAAGUUAGUUGAUGAAUCUGUGUCCUACAUUAUUUCAUCUAUGGCUCAUUUAGAGAGAGUGAGAGCUCAAAGGCUUUACUAUUGUUGUAUUUGUGUCUAAAUUCUUUUUGACUAAUUUAUAGAUUCAGUUUCUUUGGCCCAAGCAACUUGGUUAUGAGAUGUUCUGAAUUUUA